CCGAAAGGGCCGCCAAAAGGGGCUGCGCCUCCGACACCCGCCGGCAUUUGCUUUCAAAGCUGCCCCCUGCACCUGUGUGAGGGGAGGGCGGAGCGGCGGCCCCAGCCCCCAGCGCACCACCCCGGGGCCGGCGACGGGAGCCCCGCUUCGUCUCCUCUGAGGAGCCCCGGCCGCCCCGAGCCCCCCAAACGCCGCCUCCGUUUGGGUCAGCGAGGCCCGGUACCGGCCCGGGCCUGAGGCGAGGGUGGCCGCAGCGCGACCCACCAGCCGCUCCCGCACUCCGCUGCCUCCCGGGGGCCGGAGCCGCCCGCCGUGCCCAGGCCGGCGGCCUCGCCCCUCCUCCGGCCGCCCGCCCGCCCGCAGGUGAGGCCGGCCCCGGGGCGGUGCCGCCGCGGCCCGCCCGCCUCGUCUCGGCCGGGAGAAGCACCUGUGGUGCCUGCGAGCCUCCGCCGCCAGGGUUGACCCAAGGACCAUUUCAUCCUGCAAGAAUCAGUUAGCAGGUUCUGUAUAGACUUGUUCCUAAGGGGAAACAUGUCUGAGAUUGACUAUGAGAAGUUAGCGGAAAUAGAACUGCAGAAAGAUGAAGCAGAAGAUACACAGUCAGAACAGGAAGAAACGUUUAUGUCUCCACCACUUGAGGAUCCUGAGUUAAAUAUUAAUCACCCUUACUAUGAUGUUGCGAGACACGGCAUCAUCCAGUUAGCAGGUGAUGACAAUUCUGGAAGGAAGGUGAUUACCUUCAGUUGCUGCCGUAUGCCCCCCUCCCAUCAGCUCAAUCACACCAGAUUGCUCGAGUACUUAAAGUAUACUCUGGACCAGUAUGUAGAGAAUGAUUAUACAGUUGUCUACUUUCACUAUGGCCUGAAGAGUCUGAAUAAACCAUCUCUGAAAUGGUUACAAACAGCCUACAAAGAAUUUGACAGGAAGUAUAAGAAAAACCUCAAAGCACUCUAUGUCGUACAUCCAACGAACUUCAUAAAAAUUCUGUGGAAUAUCUUUAAACCUCUUAUAAGCCACAAGUUUGGGAAAAAAAUCACCUACUUGAACUAUUUAAGUGACCUGAGAGAGCAUCUCAAAUAUGACCAGCUAAAUAUCCCUCAAGAAGUCCUCCGACACGAUGAAAAUCUUCGGCAGAAACAGAAGGGAAAACUGCCACCUGUGGUUAAGGUUCCUCCACCACGGCCACCUCUACCUACCCAACAAUUUGGAGUCAGCCUGCAAUAUAUCAAGGACAAAAAUAAAGGCGACCUAAUCCCCCCAGUAAUGAAGGAAACUGUAUCCUACCUAAAAAGAAAAGGACUACAAGUAGAAGGCCUCUUCAGAAGGUCGGCCAGCAUCCAGACUAUCAAAGAUGUUCAGAAACUCUACAAUCAGGGCAAGUCUGUGAAUUUCGAUGAUUAUCAUGAUAUCCAUAUUCCUGCUGUUAUCCUAAAGACUUUCCUUAGGGAACUCCCUCAGCCAUUACUAACGUUUGAGUGUUAUGAUCAUAUCCUUGGAAUCACAAGUGUGGAGAGCAGUUUACGAGUCACCAGAUGUAAGCAAAUCAUUCAAGGACUUCCUGAACACAAUUACGUUGUUCUGAAAUAUCUGAUAUGCUUCCUCCAUAUGGUUUCACAGGAGAGUAUAUAUAACAGAAUGACAGCAUCCAGCCUGGCCUGUGUCUUUGGCUUGAAUUUGAUCUGGCCAUCAAAAGGAGCAGCCUCCCUGAGUGCUCUGGUACCUCUGAAUCUCUUCACUGAACUGUUGAUAGAUUUCUACACGAAUAUAUUCAACUCCCGAACAGUGCCUGGUGAGAUCUUACCUUAAUGCUCCUGGAAAGGAAGAGGGAAUAUGGCUGCCUGAGGGGAAGGUCUCCAUGCCUCAACUGGUGGGAGCUUUAUGUUCAGGGCUCUCUCCUGCAAAGAAAACUUUCAAUACAGAGUAAAGUUUCUAUAACUUUCCAAAUACCAAAGAUUUUGGGAGAAGCACACUGUCCCAUAUAUUCUCAUCACAUGGGGGAGAACAUGUAUGUGAACACUGGAAGACCGAUAGGUCAGAGUGAAUCCCCUUAUUAAAGAUCGGCAGCUGACAAAAACUGGUAUGUUAAAAAUCAUGGCACUAUGUGCCAGUCUGUCAUUUCUUUGGGGAUCUGGAGACAUACUAUGUGGCAUUAUUUUCUGGGGCCAUGCAGACCUAAGUUCUGGAUCACUUCUGAACUUACAGGUUUCUUCGUUUUUUUAAUCUGAGUACAAGUUUGUUAGAAAUUUUCCUAUUAAGUUAAUAAAAGAUGGAACCAAUUUUUAAGAUACUAAAAUUUCUAAACUAUUUUUCCAUAUAUUUAACUGUCUUGUUUUAUACAAAAAGGUGUGGGCAGUUGUGGCACAUCAGGUUUGCAAUUACCAUGAAGAAUAAAAUGUUUCCUGGGUAAUUUGAGUUGUGCAGACAGCUAACUAAUUAUGCUUGCAAAUAUUAAUACAUGCAGUUAAUCACUGUAGCUGCACAUGAAAAGUGUGUGGAAGUUUUUUUUCUUAUUAUAAGUUCAAAUGGGGAGCAAAAAUCUUAUGGUUUUUUCUCUAAGUACUUGGAAUUUUCAUCGGUGGAGUUAUAUCAGUGAGUGCAUAAUUCAGAAUAUAGACUUUUGAGAAGACUACCCCUGAUAUUUGGGUCACAUGCUUUUGCAGUUUGAGUUGAUAGAAAUUUGCUCUUCAGCUCACUUUAUCUAAAAAGCAGUAAGAGUAACAACUUGGAUGAUAUACCCAAUAUCAUUUUUAUUCAUUGAAAGUCUAUUAUUAGCCCCAAUGUGAAUAAUUAGCCAACAUAAGGGAGACUUUUAGAUGUUUUCUUUCUAACCAUGCCAUUAAUAUUGCUUGUAUUUGAAGAACUCUAACACACUGCUAUGUCAUUGUUUAACACCAACUGGUAAUGGGGUGGAGUAAUGCAGUUAUCAUUAUAGUUGCCUGCAAAGCAAAAUAUUAACCAGUGGUGAAAAAAAAGGUAAGCAGUAUUUUCCCUGAUGCACUGGUCUUCCUGCUUCUGUACAAAGCUUACAUAACAGAGGGACUACUUAGACUUCAAUAAAAGUAGUAGUCACAGGAGGAUAGUUUAGGCAUCCCCCUCCUCUGCAAACACAGAGCUGCUUUUUAUCCUGUAGGUUCUAGAAAGUUGAGGGUUUGUACCCCUGGCCUUCCUCUUAGCAGUUACGAAUUGCCCACCUGUGUAAAGGGUGCAACAACAUCUUACUGCAGCGGAUAAAGAGGAUUCAUUCUUGUCAGCAAUUUUGGGAAAUAACCAAGUAUCCAGAAGGCUGUGAAAUGCUGGAUGUGCCAGGCGUUCAUUUGCCCGGUAGGUGUCAUCUAUAGCAUUAGGCAAUGAUUAAAAUUUGAAAAAUACAGAGGCUUUAGAACAAGAUGUGUUAGGACCAAGUUCUCACUUCAGUCGUGUGUUUUCCCCAAUUCCUCAGGUGUGUUAAGGAGAACUUUUUGGGUCUUGAGUAUCUGUAAGUAAUGACUCCUAUUUAAGUACAAAAUCUUAGAUAAUACAAGGAGAAUAAUUAACAAGUAUUGAUGAUUGUUGCAUUUCAGCAAAAGGAGAUGGCCAAGGAUAAAACUGUCAUAGUCAUAUUGCAACUCGUCAGUUUACAUCUGAGUUAUCAGUGACAGCAUGAUAGCCUGUUGUAUUAUGAAAAACACACACAGUUACGCUCAGCACUGCUCAGCGACUUGGCAGCAUGGUUCUGUGCAUCAGCACCCUGUUCUUAUAGGGGGAGGAAUUUGGCUUCUGGGAACUAACAAAAUCUGAGUAUUUUGCCACUCUCUAACCUUGGUCAAAAUACAUAUGCCUUAGUAUUGCUCUCUGUGAAAAGGAGGAGCACCUGGCAUUAGAAAAGUGCUUUGGAAUUAAAUGGUGAUAAGUCCUAUAAAAUGGUUGUUUUCCACUUCCCUGUGUUCUCUGCCAAAAGUCCAGCAACAUCAAGUGGUAUUUAGUCUUCAGGAUAUACUGGGUAAUGGGAAGGUGAGUCCUGGAUAGUUUCAGCCCAGUAACAUACCAGACCCCUGUGGGCGUGAAAUCCUGAGUUCAUGGAAGUCAGCUUUGCUCAAAAAGUCCCCAGAGCCUGGGGAGGGGGGUCCCUUAUAGAUUUAGUUCUCCAACUCAUCCUAGGUUGGGAGAGAGCAGGAAUUUGGCAGCAGCAGUCGUGCCGGCGAAGCGAGCCCUCAGGGCACAGCUGCCUCUGCCCCUUUUACUUUUACAAGUUAAAAGUACAAGCAAGGAGCAUCCCUUCGGCUAAUUUGCCUGCCUGUAGAUGCACAAGAUGAUAGUUAAAAGCAGACUCACUCUUUUGGUAUUGGUCACAUGCCAGACUGCAGGUCUUCCUUUUAGUGCCUUGUAAACUACCAUCUUCCAGCAAUUUAUAGCUCCUCUCAUUUAGUGAAUGAAGAACAAAAUGGCGUUUUCCUAUCUCAAGGUGCCUUCUUCCUUUAAAAAACAGGUAACAUCUGUUAUCUGCCCGUGGGGGUAAUUUGAUGCUGCUUAAGAAGAGUAGAGGCUCUGGUUCCAAUUGCCGUUAGCACUGGUGGGGGUAGAGUGAGGCAGGGGGAUGGGGGGCUCCCUCUCCUGCUCCCCUUCACCUUCCUGUCUCCCCAGCAGGUAGCCUGAGACAGAAGUAAGGAAGGUACUCACCUCCACCCUAGCCUUUCCCUGCAAGCCUGCUCAUCAGGGGGAAGGGACUUUCCCAAAUCAAAACCCUCCUACUGGUGAGACUCCAGCUUUGUGUCCCCUACCCCAAAGGAACCGGUGAAAUCCUCCAUCUGCGGCAGAAGCCCCCAGUCUCCGUCCUGAGUGCCAGACUUAACUAUGACAUUCAAUCAGCUCUCAUGAAUUAUUCAGAAGGGUUUGGAGUGAAAUUCAUGUUAGAGAAAUAUAUGUUUCAAAUUUCCUGACUCUGAGAGGAGUCCUGGAGGUGUCCCCUGCAGUUACUUUGAUAACAGUUUCUCUUUACAAAUGAUAAUUGCACGAUUCGAGCUUUUGUACAGUGUGGCCUUGUGAACUCUUCUCUCAUAUCAAAGAACAAUUUUCAGAUCAUUUCCAUAGCAAAAAGAAAGUGAUUAUGGAGAUAAUCUGUUGGAAACACACAUGCUGGAUUUCAGUUUAAAACAAUAAAAUGCAGUCAUGGAAUGAGAAAUCAAGUGUUACCUAGCUGACAACAUAAAUUGCCGAAGCAUUUUAGUUUACUGGGCUGUUAGGAGUUGAAAAUUGGUCCCAAGAUUAGUCUGAUUAUCAGGAUGCCUCUAGCAACAAGCACCAAAGGGGAAAGGGAAGACUUUUCUACCCUGAAUCUGUGAGAAAUGUAAGAAGAUUGAACAAUGUCAUUAACCGAGGGGGGUCUUUACAGUUCUUACAAAAAACUUCGAUAAAUGAAUAUCACUUACAUGUGUGCAGAUGAUCUGUCUGUGCUGCACUCCUCGAGCAGCAUCCUUCACAGAAUCUCUCAGAGCCUUAUAAACUUUAAUAUAUUCUUCCACUCAUGAGGAGACUAAUAAUGGAAAAGCCCCAGAUAUUUUAUUCACGUGUUAAACGUGUACUUAGGUAGUAAGUUGAACUUCUAAUGGGAUUGAUGGUGCAGUCACCUCUCUGCUUCAUUUCCUGAAUAGUUUGUCUUCACAACCCUGGAAAAUGUCAGUUUGCCAACAGUCCCACUUUUCAAGUGGCUGUGGGGGAGUUGGGGCGUGGGGGGACAAAGCCAGGGAGAGUCACUGCCAGCACCUGUAAUCUGUGAAGUGAGAAGCUUAUGCUCAGCUGAAGCUCUACUGGCCAGCCACGUUCCUGCCCAUACUCCCUUAAUUUCUAACGUGUUUUUACCUACAAAGAGAAGUCGGAAUCAAACAUACCCUACUUGAAGUAGGCACGUCUCCUUUGAAGCCAAAGGUACGACUGCGAGAAGUGUGCAAAUUGUGUGUUCAAUGAUAUACGCGGCUGGCGCAUGAAAGGUGUUCUCCCUUUCCUGCUGGAGUAAUACUCAUUUUCACUGAUUGGAGGGUUCCAUUUUUGUCUUUGUGCACAUCUUGGAAAGCCGUUUCAGUGUACUGCACCUAAUGUAGCAAAGGAUUCCGGUGUCCUCCAGCAUCAUCUGAGAGUAAUGGAGGAUUGCAGUGGGGUGCUGCAAACGCUGUCUUCUUACUUGCAAACUGGAAAGCUUGAGAAAGGACUGCCUUAACUGGUGAGAUUUCCUUGGGCUUAGGUUGGGGGUUUGGACAAUGAACUGGCCUGGAGGCUAAGAAGGAAACUUUCAAAUACAACCAGGAAAAAAGCCCUUUUCCACAGCAGGCUUGUCAGCACCUGAAAAGUGUUAUCCAGAAUUGUCACUCCGAGGGAAGAGAGUCUUGGUUUGCCCUCUCUGAGCUGGAGAUACGCAAACACACAAUGGUACCCAAGUUCUCCUGUUUCUUCCUGACUGGGGUAUGUUGCCUGUAGUGUUACAAAAGCCAUGGUAAUUGUACGCAGAAGGACUGUAGCCCUGCUAUCCUAGCUAUUCCUCUCUAGAAUAGCUGGCAGAAGUUCAGCCUUAAAAAUAUUUAACUGAUUAGAAAAUAUUUCUGCUGGAACGUGCCAACUCAACAAAAAAUAAAUGCAUUUUCU